GUGCUGCGAUUCUCUUCGCUUGUUGCAAAAAUAAACCCUGCUCCACAAGCGUAAGGCAGCAGGAGGUGAACUGCAUUGGUGUCUUAUAAAUGCAUCACAGUCACUCAGUGUUAGCUUGCUGGAAGGGGAACUUACAAAGCGAUUAACAAAAGCUUCACAUUAAUUAUCUUUAUAAAAAUCUACAAUCCUGUAUGUUUUCUAAACUUUUUUUUUUUUUUUUUUUUUUUACUUUAGUGCCCUAAAAAGGUUAAGAAAUACUUGCCAGGAGCCAGUUCCUCUCUGCUCAGGGAAAUACUGUUUUGGGUGCAUUGGGAGGAGUUACUACAGCCUGCACAACAAGAUUUGAAGGCUGCUUAACAAAAAGCCACACAGCUCUGACCUGUGCCACAGCGAGAACGGUGCUGGCAUCCUCUGCCAAGUGAGGAGGCCUCGCUACCGCAGCAGCAAGCCCCGACACAAAGAUUUCAGAGCCCAACCCAGAGUCUGAGAGGAGCCAGCUCACCAUCUUCUGCACACCCAGAAGCUGCUAAUAGCUCUCAAAGGAGCCAGUUUCCCCCGCUACCAGCUUUAUUUGCCCACUGAGGGACUGGGCUGGCCUCUGGCAGUGCUGUGAAAGGUUAAAAGUGGGGCAAAAAGGAUGGGUUUGGGGUAGGGACCCUUUCCUGGGUGUAGCGGGAGAGCUGCAGACCCCCUGGGGUAGCCCAGGGAGGAGAUCAGCCCAGCCCUGUAGGACUUUGGUCAGUGUGAGCAGGGCCUUGGGUUUGCGGGAAGGGAACACGCCCUCCCACAGCCAGUGCUCUGACUUCCUCCUUUGGGCCCCAGACAGCAUAAGGCAGAAAUAGGAAGGAAAGAUUGGGGUGAGUCGCAAAGCUCUCGAUGCCCAGCAGUUUUUCCCAGCUGACCUCGAGAAGCUGAGACCGGCCUCAUCCCAGCCCAAGCACUGGACAGAGGAGAGGGCUUGAUGCGAGAAAAUGUCCCGUGACUGCUGCCUCUGGCUGCCGGCGGUGACCUGGGCGCUGCUGCUGGUGAUGGCUGCCUUUGCCAUGGAGUGCCCCAAGAUCAAGGUGGGGACAUGCAAGGACUGCAUCCAGUCUGGUCCUGGAUGUGCCUGGUGCAAGAAGCCGAGUUUCACCAAAGCUGGCGAGCCAGACUCCAUCCGCUGCGACACCAUCGAGCAGCUUCAACUGAGAGGAUGCCAGGGCAGCGAGAUUGAGUUUCCAGUCAACAACAUUACAAGAACACGGGACAGUCCCUUAAGCAAUGACAUACAGCUGACUCCCCAGGAGGUGCACCUGAAACUGAGGAUAGGCCAGCCUGCUGUAUUCGAGGUGAAGUUUCGCCAUGCCGUGGGGUAUCCCAUUGAUCUCUACUACCUCAUGGACCUCUCCUACUCCAUGCUGGAUGACCUGGAGAAGGUGAAGAAGCUGGGAGGGGAGCUGCUCAGGGCGCUGGAGAGCACCACCCCUUCUCGCCGCAUAGGGUUUGGCUCCUUCGUGGACAAGACGGUGCUGCCCUUCGUCAACACGCACCCUGAGAAGCUGAAGAACCCCUGCCCCAACAAGGACAAGCAAUGCCAGCCUCCCUUCGCCUUCAAGCACAUCCUCUCGCUGACCGACAACGCCAAGAAGUUCGAGAGCGAAGUGGGGAAGCAGUUCAUCUCGGGGAACCUGGAUGCCCCCGAGGGGGGGCUGGAUGCCAUGAUGCAGGCAGCGGUGUGUGGGGACUUGAUCGGCUGGCGCAACGUGACCCGCUUGCUGGUGUAUGCCACGGAUGACGGCUUCCACUUCGCCGGCGACGGCAAGCUUGGAGCCAUCUUGACCCCCAAUGAUGGCCAGUGCCACUUGGAGGACAACAUGUACAAAAAGAGCAACGAGUUUGACUACCCGUCUGUCGGCCAGCUGGUCCAGAAACUUGCCGAAAACAACAUUCAGCCCAUUUUUGCUGUCACCAGUAAGGUGGUGGAUGUUUACAAGAAACUCAGUGAGAUGAUCCCAAAGUCGGCAGUGGGAGAGCUGAAUGAGGACUCCAGCAACAUCAUCGAACUCAUCCAGGUGGCCUACAAUAACCUCUCCUCACAGAUCAUCCUGGACCACUCCGCCCUGCCAGACGUCCUGGAUGUCAAAUACGACUCCAUAUGCAACAAGGGCAAGGUCAGCUUGGACGAAGCGAAAGGGCAGUGUGACAACGUCAAGGUCAACGAUGAGGUCAUCUUCAGAGUGAAGGUCACGGCCAAGGAGUGCAUCAAAAGCCAGUCCUUCACCAUCCGGCCGCUGGGCUUCACAGACACCCUCACUGUCCAUCUGGAGAGCAACUGUGACUGCAACUGCAACGAGCAGCCCGACCCAACUGCCUGCAGUGGGAAAGGCAGCGUCAUCUGUGGGAUCUGCAGCUGCAAUUCGGGCUACCUGGGGAAGAACUGCGAGUGUGAAACCAAAGGCAAGACCAGCAAGGAGCUGGAGAGCAGCUGCCGGAAGGACAACAGCUCGGUGAUCUGCUCGGGGCUGGGAGACUGCGUGUGCGGGCAGUGCAUCUGCCACACCAGCGACGUGCCCGGCAAGCAGAUCUACGGCACCUUCUGCGACUGCGACAACGUGAACUGCGAGUUUCACAACGGCUCUCCCUGCGGCGGCAAAGACCGCGGGAGGUGCGACUGCGGGGAGUGCAAGUGCACGCCUGAGUACCAGGGCAGCGCCUGCCAGUGCAAGAAGUCGACAGACGGCUGCUUGAACAUCCGUGGCAACGAGUGCAGCCACCGCGGGACCUGCCACUGCAACCGCUGCCAGUGCCGGGAGGGAUACCAGCCCCCCUUCUGCCAGGAGUGCCCCGGCUGCCCCUCGCCCUGCGGCAGAUACGUCUCCUGCAUGGAGUGCAAGGCCUUCCUGAGCGGCCCCUUCAAGAAGAACUGCUCCCAGGCCUGCCCCAACAUCCUGGUGACCGAGCAGUUGACGGGGGCGAGCAAGCAGUGCAGGGAGAAGGACUCCGACAACUGCUGGAUCUCCUUCCGCAUGGUCCAGGAGGACGGCGAGGAGAUGUACACCGUCAGCAUCGAUCCUAAAAAAGAGUGCCCAGAGCCUCCCAACAUCGCGCUGAUCGUGGGCAGCACCGUCGCCGGCGUGGCCCUCAUCGGCCUGGUGCUCCUGCUGAUCUGGAGGCUCUUGACGGAGCUGUUUGACCGCCGGGAAUACCGCCGGUUCGAGAAGGAGAAGUCCAAGGCCAAGUGGAACGAUGCUGACAACCCCCUCUUCAAGAGUGCCACCACCACGGUCGUGAACCCCAGGUUCAACGGGCAAUGAAGUGGAGCAGCGCCUGGCAGUGCUGGGACCCUCCAUCAAAUAAAGAAACGCCAAGCUAGGGAAAUCUCAAACUAAGGCUCCCGCCUCCUCGUCUUUAUCCUGUUGGUUUGUUCCAUUCUUCCAAGAGGCCACUGGCACAUCAGGCGCUGGCUGAGGGGCUGAACCACGCCUGUCUGCUGGCACAGGUUGGGUUAGCGGAGCUGGGAGAAGGGAACAGACGCAGCUUUGCCACAGAUGGGACUGCAGAGCAGGUCUCACAAGAGGGCACAUGCAGUGGUUCCCAUCCCAGUUACCGGCUGUCUCCGCUCUUGAUGCUAUCUCUGACUUCUGGCAGGACUCUUGGACAUCAAGCCCCAACAGCAGCUGAAUUCACAGAGCGCUUCCACCUUUGAUUUGGAGCUGGGAUUUCAAAACUGCUAUUUCCCCGGGAGCAGGAUCUGCUCCAUGCCUUUCCCUGCUGCACUGGUCUCCACCACUAUGUUUGCACUAGUUUCUAAAGCACUCCCUGCUGAGGUGGACGUGGAGGGUCCUCUGGGCUGGUGGUCUGCUCUGGAGUUUGCAGUGAGGUGACGGGCCCUAAGGGCUAGCAAGCACCUGUACCCAGAGCAGAAGAGCAACUGGGGAACACGCACUGAAUCUUUUUCCCACAUCAUCAGCUGCUUCCCGGCGUUGCUCCCCUCUCAGACCUACCUCGGGCAAGGUUCUGCUUGGGCUCCUGCAAGUUUGCCUUACCUCCGCCAGGCCUAGAGCCUUCUUCAUGACAAGGAUGCAAAGGAACAACUGUUUGAACGAUGAAACGGCACCGUGCACGUGAAGCAUUGCCUGCAGCUCAGAGGUUGGCCGGGGCUUCUUCCACCACCCCCAGGGCUACGUCUCUUCCCUGCCCAGUGAGCGCAUCAGACACGCUGAGGGCCAGGCACGCAGAGCACCCGGCAGUACAGGGCCCGUCUCCAGCUCAGCGCUUCUCCAAACCAUGCACAGCAGCUAACUGCUCUUAUGUUGUGAGGUCAUUCCUAUGAAAUAGCGGUACAAUUCCAUAUUUGGCUUAAGUUUGGGAGUAACUUGCAUAUGGCUGUAUUAUGUCAGAUCUUCAUUUGCUCUGAAGAGGUUUAACGUUAAUAAAAAUUAAUAUAUAAAGUAAA